AUGAUACAGUCAGCUUUUCUAGGAUUUUUCAACCUUAUUGUAAGGAUUAUUAAAUCAGGUUUAAAUAAAAGAAAUAUAUUCACACUACCGUUAAAUUUUUUCAUAAAUUUUUCCCCUGUAAUAAUAUGGUUAUCUAUUUUUCAUCAUGCUGGAAUGAUUCCAUUAGAUAUUAGACCACAAAUUCAUAGUAAAAUAGCAUUUAUUUCAGAUGCUUUUUUAUUUGGUGAUUGGUUUGGUGAAUUACAAACUCAAUAUCAUGAUUCUUAUCAAUUAACUAAAAUUUCAAUUGCAACAGCUUUUGCAUUUGGUAUAAUUGGUUUACUAAUUAUACCGUUAUCGAUAUGGUAUUAUUUAUAUCAUAUUAAAUCAUUAAAAUAUAAUAUUGUUGAAUGGUAUGAUCAUAUUUUCCAUUUUGAAAAUAAAAAAAAUACACGUAGAUUUAGAUUAUUAGCAAUUCCAUUCUUAAUUCCAUUUUUUGCAUUUAUUAUUUUAAAUGUGGAUCAUACUUUUAGUUCUCAAAAUAUUGAAAAUUUUACAAAGACUAAAGAUAUUAUUGCAUGGUUCUCCUACGUCAUUUUACAUGUUACCGUCCCUAUUCUAACUGCCGUAUAUCUUUAUGUUUUCCAUCCUGCAGGUACUAUCAAAUGUUUUUCCUUUGCACUAGGUUUACAAAACAUUUGUGGUGUUUUCACUCACUUGUUAUUUCCAACUGCAUCCCCAUGGUUUACUCACAUGUACGGUAUUAACGAUACAGAACAUGUUAAUUAUACUCAAGAAGGGUUUGCUGCUGGUUUAGUUAGAGUGGAUAAUCAUUUAGGUACUCAUUUAAACACUAAUGGGUUCCAUUUAUCACCAAUUGUAUUUGGUGCCGUACCCUCUUUACAUUCUGCAAUUGCAUUCCAAUGUUUCCUUUUCAUUAUCACUAGAGCAUCUUCAUUUAAACAUAGAUUUGCAUCUAAUGGAUCUUCAUCUACAAGUAACAGAUUAAGAAAUGGUGUUGAGAAUGGUUCUACCGAUGAUGAAGAAAAUGAUUCUGAUGAAAUUAACUCCAAGACUUCAAGAGAAGAAAGUAUAAUACCAUCCAACAGUAGUAGUAUGUCUGAUUUGGCCGAUUCCGAUGAGGAUUACAAUUAUUCCGAUAUUGAUUUGGAGGCUACUGAUAAAGAAUCCUGCCAUUUAUUAUCAUUGUAUACCGACGAUGCAGAAUUUUCUAAUAAAUGGUACUUUAAGGUUUUCAAUACUGGGUUAGUUGCCAAAUUGCUAAUUUCAUCAUUUAUCUUAUUACAAUGGUGGGCUACAAUGUAUUUGGAUCAUCAUUAUAGGUUUGAUUUGUUCAUUGGUCUAUUAUACUCUAUAACGAGUUUCAUCAUAAUAAACAACUUUGUCUUACAACCUAGAGUAUUGAAACCUUGGUUGGAUUUAAGAUUUGGUAAAAUGCCUGAUGAUAACAAUGAGGCAAGAACAAUGGGGAUGAGAGUCUUCAAAGGGACAAAGAUCGAAUGGUUUUUCGAUCCAUUAGCAUAA